AUGUCCGGCUCCUGCUGCGGCUCCACCUGCUCCUCCUCGGGCUGUGGAGGAGGUUGCUGCCAGCCCUGCUGCCAGCCCUGUUGCUGCCGCGACCCCUGCUGCUGCCGCCCCGUGUCCUGCCAGACCACCGUGUGUCGCCCUGUGACCUGCACCUGCCGCUGCACGCGCCCCAUCUGUGAGCCCUGCCGCCGCCCCGUCUGCUGUGACCCCUGUGGCCUGCAGGAGGGCUGCUGCCGCCCCAUCAGCUGCUGCCCCACGUCCUGCACGGCCGUGGUCUGCCGCCCCUGCUGCUGGGCCUCCACCUGCUGCCAGCCCAUCUCUGUGCAGGCGCCCUGCUGCCGCCCCCCCUGCUGCCAGCCUGCCCCCUGCCGCACCACCUGCAGGACCUCCCCUUGCUGCUGA